AUGUCUCCCGUACCUUCUCCGCGCGAUACACUGGGACGCACGAGCCCGGAUCAAGCUCGUUCCGGCGAAGCAGGCGACAAGUCCACAACGAAGAGUUCUGCGCAGCCAACCAUACCUCGCGAGAGCACGGAAAACGGAAACCAUCCUCGCCUCCAACAGGGCGUGCUCGCUGACAGCCCUUCGACUCCCAUGACGCCGACGCGCCUCGUCUCGACGACCGCUCCUCCUAUCCCGCACAACUGGCUUGAGCUCGCCUUGAAAGGGCGCGCAGCAGCACUUCGCGAGGCACAACGCAAGUCCGCGCCUUCCUCAUUGCCUGCAGACAUGCAACAAGCUCCAGUCACAGAUCCACCGACGGCCGGCACUUCUAUGCAGACCGAUGCAGUCCAGGAUGCCGCCACUCAGCAGUCGUCUGGCGUCAAGACUGAGCCGGACGUCGACAUGGAAGCAACAGCCGCCACGCUGACUGCUCCGCCAACAGAAGGCUUUCUUCACGACGGCGCCUUAGCGGGCGGGCUCGUUAGCGCCUCCAGCAGCCCGCCGCCUGCUCCGUCUACGAACUCGCCCGAGAUCUCCGUCGCUGCCGUCCAGCCUCCACCCAUGGCGGCACUAGCGCUUGCCAGCCAAAAUGCACCGGCAGCAUCCGGACCAGAGGCGUUGCGCACCGAGAUCAUGGGCCCUCCGCCGUCAUUGCCUACAGAUCCAGCCUAUCCGCCACUGAAUCCUGUCGCGACGGAAAUCAUUGCACCUCCAACUGCCAGCAAACGUAGAGGCCCAGCUCCGGCGGCCAACGGAGCGGCUCGCAGAUCCGACCCAAUUCAAGCGCCUGCCGAUUUCGAUACUCCCACCAAUCUCAAUGGCAAGAUGCCAUAUGCACUCUUCCAGACAGUCCAGAAGAGCGCUAUCCCGGCCUCGAAAAGCGCUCAGACUACGCUCGCGGCUCAAAGCGACAGGCGAUUUUGGGCCAAGGCUGGUGACAUGGAGAAAGGCGCUGUCAACGCCAAGAGCGCAGGCGCAAGCCAGGCAGCGUUGGCGCUUGUAGGCCGAGAAGUGGGAUCGCUUGGCGGCAAGCGAUUGCGACUCGGCGGAUGUCAUCUCAUAGCCACAGCCACGAUGGAGCAGGUCGAGCACGCGCGCUACUCCUCUGAUCGCGCGCCGGAAUCCACGGCAGACGAUGCUGCGGCGGCUGGCCAGCAAUCGAGCGGCAAAGCGGAAUCGGCACCUUUGACAGACAACAAAGCCAUCGAUCCGCUCAUCGCCGACGUGUUGACGGACGCCGACUCUGUUGCGACUGCGACGGCCACACGAGAAACUAGCCGGGAAGCAUCAGCAGUUCCGGAGACCGGUGCCCAAGGUGCCGCUACCGAAAUCGGCGAGCCCGCACAGCCAUCGACCGCGAUCGGAUCGGAGACCGCGAGUAUAGCGCCCUCAUCGUCAGUGCCACAACAAGCGGCUCCACCGACACUGUCCGCAGGUACACUGGAGAGUGCCGACGCAUCUCCGUCCGCCGCCCUUCGUCGCACGCCGUCCAACCGCGGCGCUUCCUUACAAGCAUCGCAGUCCAUCACUAGCGCAUACGCAGAUCCCAUGGGCCUGAAAAAGCAUCGCGAACUGCUAGCACAGGAAGCCGCGCGUGCUCGCAGGUCGCCUUCGGCGGCUAGCGCUGGCGCAGCGUCUGUAGCUCCCGCCGUGCCUUCGGCAGGGGCGAGCAAGAAGAGUAACACUGCAGCACGCACGAUCGUGCCUCCAUCCUUGGUUGAGCCGCCGCCGGGUAUGAUGCACACCCCGGAAGGACGUCUCCGUGUCAUUCCAGGCAUUGCAGGUGCUGUCGUGCCAACGGCCUCGAGCUCCAGCUCUACGGAUGCCAAAUUGGCUCCCAGGCUCGAGGACAAGGGCAGUGCCAAUAACGACUUUUGCGAGGUCUGCCUAGGUCACGGCCGCUUUGUCUGCUGCGACGGUUGCCCGCGCAGCUUCCACUUCUUCUGCAUGAACCCGCCUCUUGACAUUGACGAGAUGCCGCCUUCGAAUGCGGCGCAAGUGCUGGGCCCGGCCAAGGCAAAUCCGGUCCAAAAGGGCAAAGCCAAGGCGGGCGAACCUGGCGCGGGCUCCGAUCUCAACAUGGACGAGAUGUGGUUCUGCAAUGUGUGCGUCGCCGAACGCAAGCCCAAGGCGGUGUCCCGACCCAAAGGUUUGGGGCCCUUUGGCUACUUGCUCCCGAUUCUGUCGCAGCAAAAUCCAAAAAGCUUCCAGCUUCCGGCGGACGUGCGCACUUACUUCAAGGAUGUCGCUACCGCCAAAGACGGCGAUUUCGUCAACGCAGCUAUGGUCCGCCAGGUCAAGCCAAAUCGGCAUGGGCAGAUCGAGCCUCGCGACCCGUACAGACUCAAGGACAAGAACGGCGACGCCGUGCUCUGCUACCGAUGUGGCGGAACAGCGUUGCCCGCAGGAUCCGAUCAGCAUACCGCACCAGUCGGCUCCCCAGAGCGACACAGCCGCGCAGCCUCGGAAGCCGGCAGCGCCUCGGCGGCGACACCGGCGGACCACACCAUUCGCGAGGGGACAGGUUGGCGCAGGAUCGUGAGCUGCGACUUCUGCUCGCUUCACUGGCAUAUCGAUUGCGUCGAUCCGCCCAUGCUGGGCAUGCCGAGCAAUCUGCGCAAGUGGAUGUGCCCCGCACACAGCGACCACGUCGGCGAGCGCCGAAGGGUUGCGCGCAUCGGCGCAGCUGUGCCCAAGACGCUCGACCUGCCUCUGCCGUCGGUCGAGACCAUCGGCCCAGGCAAGCACUUCCGCACGCGGGUGCUCAACAACGGCGAUAUCGACAUCAUUCCUGACCCGAUGGAAUUGCUCAUGGGUGCCAACGGCAUCACCGGCAGCCUGCAGACAGGCAUCAAGGAGGUCCCACUCGUCCCGAUCCCGGGCGUGGUGGACUCACCCACACUCACCGAUGGUGGGUCCAAGCUUGCAUCCAAAAUCCGCUACCGUUUCCCGGAGAAGGUCAUCCGCACCGACUUUUGGAGCAAGCUUCGGGGCGACGAUGCGAGCAAGAUCGGAAGCGUCUUUUACCUCGCGGCGGACGAACUGGUGCAUCGAUCGCCGUUCCGGCUGGUUGCGGCAGAGGACGGAGCGGCGCCGACGGGCGAGGACGUGUCGAGAUACAGGCCGUUUGGCCGACGCGACUACCAGCGAUCGGGUCUCGACUCGCUCGCUGAUAUUGCGUCGGCGAGGCUGGCGGGAGAUGCGCUUGCUGUGAAGGAGACGCCCGGCUUGAUCCGACCAUCACGGACUCGGCAAUUGGUGGCAACGGCAUUGGGCAUCGAUUUGGACAACAGCGACGUACCCGAGUCGAGCUUGCGCUCGUCGCUCGACGAGCCCGAGAGCUUAGAGUCCUCGGACUCGCCGCUGUCGAGCCUGUCGGAUAGCGAGAGCGAUGCAGGCGCUGAGACUGCGGCGCAGAAUGCGGCUCAGCGAGAGAUGGCCACGCCUGUCAAGCCUGCUCAGGUGUCGCAGCCAGCUCAGACGGUCCAGCCCGUGCAUCCUGUGCAGCCCGUGCAGCCUGGGCUGUCGGAGGAGGAGCUGAUCAAGCGCAUCGCGAUGGAGGCGGCGUCGGGCGUGAGCAGCGGCGAUCCGGUGCGUCUGAGCAAGCGCAAGGCGGCAGUGGCAGCCGAGUCGGCCAUGGCCGGUUCGCCGAAUACGCCGGCGAAAAAGCUGCGCUCCGCCUCGCCCGCGGUGAGCGCCACGCCCACGCCGAUCCGCACGGGGGCGGCUGCUGGUGCAGUGCCAGCGGCAGUGCAGGUAGGCUCGCCAGCUGCGCCGGCAACGGGCGUUAAGAAGAUCAUUCUCAAGAGCAACGGUGUAGCGCGCAGUGGCAAGACGGAGCCCAAGGGCGUUUCAGAGGCCCAGGCGGCACUGCGCACUGCGCAUCAUCUUGCAGGCCAGUAUGCGGACGAGCGCCGAGAGAUCGAGCAGCUGCGUGCGAUUCGCGAGCUCAUGCGUCUCAAAGGACCGGAUCGAAUGCUCGAGUUUCUGCUUUCGCCCAACGAGCCCGCAGGCGCGACCAAGCCGCCGCCGUCAGAGGCGGUUCAAGCAACAUCCGAUGCAUGUUAA